GCUUUCGCUUUCGCUUCCCGCGCCGCGGAGGCGAGGGGAAGGGAAGGACCGGGCCGGGCCUGGCGGGCGCCCGGCGGGCCCUUGGGCUGGGCUGUGCGGACGUGGCCGGGGUUUCUACCUUGGUGAAGGAAUAUUGCACCGGUGUUCACUUGAGGGCUGCUUUUAGGAUGUCUGAAGAUGAAGAAAAGGUUAAACUCCGUCGAAUUGAACCUGCAAUUCAGAAAUUCAUUAAAGUGGCAAUUCCAACAGAUUUGGAAAGGUUAAGAAAACACCAUAUAAAUAUUGAGAAGUAUCAGAGAUGCAGGCUCUGGGACAGGUUGCACGAAGAGCACAUCAACGCAGGACGAACAGUUCAGCAACUCCGUGCCAAUAUAAGAGAGAUGGAGAAACUCUGUUUGCGAGUCCGACAGGAAGAUAUCCCAGCUCUGGAGAGAAUGAUAAAUCCUGUUAAAGAGGAAGCUUCAUUUGCCAUUAAAGACUUCCUGCAGUUGCAUUGUGAAUCUGCAGAAGAACUUAGAAGGCAACUUGAAGGACAGGAGGAUGCCUCUUUAACCAGAUCUGCAACUGUAGGAGGAGAAACUUUAUAUAACAUGGAAGUGAAGGAUGGCUCCCAAAGUUUAAUCCAGAUCUACUCCCGCCUUCCGGAAAUACCUCAAGAAGAAAAUGCAGCCGAAUCCUGGGAAAGUUUAGAAGGGGACUUGAUUGAGCUCAGCCAGUUGGUGACUGAUUUUUCUCUCUUAGUCAGCUCUCAGCAGGAGAAGAUUGACAGGAUUGAAGACCAUGUCAACAGUGCUGCUGCGAAUGUUGAAGAGGGAACCAAAAACUUGGGGAAGGCUGCAAAAUACAAGCUGGCAGCUCUGCCUGUGGCAGGUGCAGUCAUUGGUGGAGUAGUGGGGGGUCCCAUUGGUCUCCUUGCAGGCUUCAAAGUGGCAGGAAUUGCAGCUGCACUUGGCGGUGGGAUUUUGGGCUUCACAGGUGGAAAAUUGAUACAAAGAAAAAAACAAAAAAUGAUUGAGCAGGUCUCUUCCAGCUGUCCAGAGCUUUCUCACCAAAGUGCCAAAAAAUCCAGCUGAAGUAUCAAUUCAUUAUGGCCAGGAAGAAGCGUAGUAGCCGUGCUAAUGACAGACGUGCAGCCUUAUGCUUUAAAUACAAGGCUGAGUUGUGUGAAUUUUGAUGACAUUACUGUUCCUUGGGAGGGCUGAAACAGUCAUGUCAGAAUUUCUCUUUUCAGACAUGGUGACAUCAGUCCUUUGAAAAUUAUAUGGAUAACUUUUAAUUAUAAAAUUCUUAAGUGAGCUAUAUGCACAGCUGUAAUGAUGGGUGACUGGUGCUUCAUGCCAAAUUUGCACAAACCGUCUUGCAGACAAUAUAAAGAGAGAUACUUGGAAAACCCUAGUGCUUUCCCAUGAAUGCCAUGAGAAGCUGGAACUUUUAUGGUAGUGCUCCAAAAAAAAGGAAAUAAAUGCCAUCAAUCUUUCAUGGUUAUUUUAAAUUUACUUUCACUUAUCCGGAUUCCCAAACUCUUCCUGUGUACAUCCCUAGGAUAUGACCGACUGUGUGUGUUUAGUAAUGCACAGGGAAGUGUCAGCUGUCAUAAGAGAAGGUGAAAAUCUUGGGUGAGCAAGGUGGAAAAAAGUCAUGUAUAUCAUGUAUCACAUAUAUCACAUCUGCCUCCAUCAGCCAUAUCAGAUCAGCAUCAGAACCAGCUUUUCCUCUUCUUCAGGUACCUUUUUUUUUUAAAUUUGUGAACUCCUCACCUUCCUCAAAGUGUAGUUAUGAAUUAAACAGUCUAAGCAGCAACCCUGCAGAACUGCUACUGGAGGAUAAUAAUUUUCAAUAGUUGUUCAGCUCCUUGGCUUGUCCUGAGAACACCAUACAGGGUGAAGAGCCAAGCUCUGGCAUUCUGAACUUGAAGCCUCACCUUGCUUAAGCAGCACUUUCUGCAAGAUGUUGCCCUUGCAUCUCGUCUCCUGGCACCAACAGCACUCUGGAGGGAGAGCUGAACAGCUUCCCUGGAAGGCAGUGCUGCAGCCAGGCCCCUUGCAUGGUGGCAGUGCCGGCUGCAUCCCCAGAGGAUGGGACUGUCGAAAACAUCAACACAAUACUGUUUACCAUGUAAACCACGGGUGUUUGGGGCAGCUGCACACCUCUUGCAUACGGUGCCAAAACAGCUGCUUCCACCCACACUGUAGAGUAGCUGCUGAGCCUUCUCAAGAUUUUGGGACAUGCUGUGGAACCUGUUAUGGGGUGAGAUGCUGCUUCUGCUGGCUUUUUAUAGAUACUUAUUAUCUUACCACCCUUAAGAAGCCUGUUGCUGCUGAAGCUUCCAUUGUUAAAUACAGAAGUGUUAACGUGUUUUUAUUGUCACCUACUUGUACUAUUGUCACAUAAUCUACUGUUUGCCACUUUCAGGACAGUUCCCAGACUGAUGCUGCUACUGUUUAGGGGGAACAGAAAUUGAGGUUUGGAAGCCAUUUUUUAAAGUUCUUAGAUUGGUCAAUUCAUCCUGAGCUCUGCUUGAGUUCAGUUUUAUUUAGGUGCACACUGAAGUCAGUGUUUAGAUAAGGCUCCCUAGCAGGGAACACUGUCCAAGGAAGCAUCCUAUAGAAACAGCUCCUUGUCGAUAACCACUACUUCGGUAUCAUCACUGGAAAUCACUGUCUGCUAAUGACAGAUGAUGGGUUUUUGUGCCUAGAGACAUUGUAAGCAACUGUUAGUUACAGCACAAAUAACUUCUGAGCAGUUCUUCCUUAUUGCUUUUAAAAUACUGAAAUUGCUAUAAGCCGGAACAUUACAUCUAUUUUAAGUAGGUCUGAGGCCCAGGGAAGCAAUGUGUGCAAGAACAGUUUUCACCAGUAUUUGCAGACAUUGUUAAAACUGCAUUUGCUAAAGCCAUGGUAAAAAUCAGCUGGAGUGCAAAACAUGACCCGAGUAAUUCAGCUCAUUUGCUCCUGACCGGCAAAAAGCACUUUUCUUUAAAUGCAUCUACUUUGGCUGUAAACAGAGUUAGUGAGCGUGUAACAGCUUCAUAGGCUGUUCAUUCCUUUGAUAUUUAUUUUCUACAUUUAAAGGAAUACACUAAGAAAAAAGAAGUGUUUUUAAUCAAAAACUGUGGUUGAUUCUUUGUAUGAUUUUAAACUGCUGUAUCUGCUUUCCUAUCAUAUGCUGUGAAACCUCCUGCAUUUAAAUGACAGCAGCCACAUCAGCGAUCUUGCGGACUCCAUCCUCUCCCCCCACGCUGGAUUAAUGCCAGGACAAUCUAAAUUCCUAAGACUGAAUUCCUACCCCAGCUUAUACAAAUUCAGCCUGAUAUGCACUCAGUUUAUGAAAUGUCUAGCAGGAGAACUAUUCUUCCCCCUUGCGUUUUUAAGGAAGUAAUUUCAAAGCAUUGUGUACACACUAGAUGUGAGAGUCUAUUAUUUAAGCUACGAUUUUUUAAAAUAGGUGGGUUAUUUACAUAUGUGAAGAAACAUCAGCAUCUGAGUAACCAAACUAGCAUUUAAAUUGCUAGGCAUGUUAACCAGAAAAAUUUUAAGAUAUAAAUAACUCUUUCAGACCAAAUAAAAGUUUUUUGCUAUGA